AUGGAUGUUUCAGAGCUUUAUAAUCAUGACGGUAAGUCAUCAGAUGAGUCUUCAGAAUCACAGAUUCCCCACAAAAGAACGACAAAGGAAUAUAAAAUAUUAUACUGCUACCUUAUGAUGAAGUUGAGAAAGGCCGCAGGAGCUGCUAAGAAAAUGGAGAAAGAGAUGCAUCACUCGGAUAUGUUAAUAAAGGUGUUGAACAUGAGAAACAACAUGAUUGUCGACUUGUUAAAGUAUUUAGAUGAAAAUGAGGAUCUCAACCCGAUAUAUCCAUGUCCAUAUUAUAAAGAAACACAAAUAUUAGAAAGAGUUAGUUCCUCUGAGGAAGCAGUAGCACCAAUUUUAAGGCCAAUAAUAGAUAGCAUUUCUAAUGAUGGAACACGAGAUCCAUCAAAAUUGAUGGACUUCCUCAACAAAAUCAAAUUCUCUGAGAAUCUGAACUAUGAAUUAUACAAUUUGGAGAAUUCAGAACUGCCGGAUAUGUUCAAUGACUCCGAUUUCGAAGAGCUUUUUAGUGAUGUUAAACGAAAUAGAUAUUACGUGCACGAUCAUAACAGAUUUGUUGAUCCUGGAGAGGCGGAUCUAUUGGCAUUGGGCUCUACUGUUCAUGUGAAACAGGUCACAUUGAAGUUUACUGGAGGAAAUAAGGCAAAACUGGCCACGUUAUGUACAGACUAUGACAAGGAGGAAGAAAGCUAA